AUGGCACCAAAACGUAAAAGUGCUCGAAUUGCCGCAGCAGCACUGGUGGUAGUUCCGAAGGUGACUAUCCCGAAGGCUAAUGAUAAAUCUGCAACUGCGGAAAUUGCGAAAUUGAAGAAGCAACUAGCAAGAAACAAGACGGAAUCCACGACUAAAUUGCACCGAGCUCAAUGUGAUUUGGAGUAUGCAAGAGAUGAGUUACAGAGAAACAAAAUGCAGCAUAAACUGGAAUCAGAAAAGAAAAAUGAGGAACUUGCAACGCUGAAAACGGAGAAACAGGCAUUGACUAACGAAAUUAAGCAUUUCAAGAAUUGUAAGGAUACGAGGAAAGCAUAUGGAAUAGUGCAGGCAGAGUGCAAGAAAGCAGAACAGAGCCGGAAAAGAAUGUUGGAAGCACAAUCGCUUUUGAGAGCCGAGCAAGAGAAAAAGUUCAAAGAGGCUAAACCAUGGAGACAGUGUGAGAUCUGCACUGAGGAGUUCACAGAGACGGGCGCACGAUCUCCACGUAUCAUGUCCUGCGGACACACUUUCUGCCUCACAUGCCUCGAAAGCAUGAAAGAGACAUACUUCAGAACACAAAUCAGAUGCCCAACUGAUAGAAAAUACAUGUAUUGCAAGGAUGGAGAUCUCACGAAGCUUCCUAUCAAUUAUCUAGCUCUUCACAUGUGA